AUCAGGAAGCGAGGAGGAGAUAAAGGAUAGAACCCAAACAAAAGCUGAUAAGGUCCAAAACACUGGAAUAUACACUCAUCUUCUUCUUCCUCCUCAUCUCUUCAAAAAAUGGCGAUGACCCCUGUUGCUGCAUCAUCUCCAAUCUCAACGCACCAUCUCCUCCGCUCAGACUUCAUACCUAAACCUCCGUUUCUCUCCCUCACCACCAAACGGAACAGAGUCUCAUCGUACCGUUUCACCGUACGUGCCUCCGCGAAUGCCAUCGUCGAAUCACCAAACGGUGUAGCUGCUGCGCCGAACUCAGACACCGACAGCUCCGAUUACGGCCGAAAGUUCUUCCCUUUGGCCGCCGUCGUUGGUCAGGAAGGCAUAAAGACUGCUCUUUUACUUGGAGCGGUUGAUCGUGAGAUCGGAGGGAUUGCUAUCUCAGGUCGUAGAGGGACUGCGAAGACAAUCAUGGCUCGUGGGCUUCAUGCCAUCCUCCCUCCUAUUGAAGUUGUUGUUGGCUCUAUCUCAAACGCUGACCCGGCUUGCCCUGAUGAGUGGGAAGACGAACUAGCUGAGAAAGUUGAGUACAAUGCUGAUGGUACCAUUAAGACCGAGAUUGUCAAAUCUCCUUUCAUUCAGAUUCCUCUAGGAGUCACAGAGGACAGACUCAUUGGGUCUGUUGAUGUGGAGGAGUCUGUGAAAAGGGGGACGACUGUUUUCCAGCCUGGUCUUUUGGCUGAAGCACAUAGGGGAGUGUUGUAUGUUGACGAGAUCAAUCUCUUGGAUGAAGGGAUUAGUAAUCUGCUUCUCAAUGUAUUGACAGAUGGUGUUAAUAUUGUUGAAAGAGAAGGAAUCAGCUUCAGGCAUCCGUGUAAGCCACUGUUGAUUGCUACUUAUAACCCUGAUGAAGGUGCUGUUCGAGAGCACUUGCUAGACCGUGUUGCCAUUAACUUAAGUGCAGACCUUCCUAUGAGUUUUGAAGAUCGUGUCGCAGCAGUUGGCAUUGCCACACAGUUUCAGGAACGAAGUAAUGAGGUUUUUAGAAUGGUGGAUGAAGAGACAGAAACAGCAAAGACGCAGAUUAUAUUGGCUAGAGAAUACUUGAAAGAUGUCAAGAUAACUAAAGAUCAAUUGAAGUAUCUGGUUUUGGAAGCUAUGCGAGGUGGUUGUCAGGGACACCGCGCCGAGCUAUAUGCUGCCCGUGUGGCGAAGUGCUUAGCUGCAAUCGAAGGGAGAGAAAAAGUCACCAUUGAUGACCUCAGAAAGGCCGUCGAACUGGUCAUUCUUCCUCGUUCAGACGUAGUUGAGAAUCCACCACCUGAUCAAGAGAACCAACCGCCGCCUCCUCCACCUCCUCCACAAAGUAAUGAUGCUGGAGAAGAACAAAAUGAAGAAGAUCAAGAAGAGCAAGAAGAAGAGGUAAGUGGAUUAGGCAUACUUUAUUGUCUCUUGUUGGACACGCGAACUAGGUUUUCUCCAAAGUAUAAAAAUCCUUCACCAAUGCAGGAUGAAAACAAUGAAGAAAAUGAAAAUGAGCAGCAACAGGAUCAAAUACCUGAUGAGUUUAUAUUUGACGCUGAGGGCGGUCUGGUGGAUGAGAAGCUCCUCUUCUUUGCUCAACAAGCUCAGAGACGUAAGGGUAAAGCUGGAAGAGCAAAGAAUGUCAUAUUCUCGGAAGAUAGAGGACGUUAUAUAAAGCCAAUGCUUCCAAAGGGUCCAGUAAAAAGAUUAGCAGUGGAUGCAACCCUUAGAGCAGCUGCGCCUUACCAGAAAUUGCGCAGAGAGAAAGAUAUAUCAGGAACUAGGAAAGUCUUUGUCGAGAAAACAGAUAUGAGGGCCAAAAGAAUGGCAAGGAAAGCUGGAGCCCUGGUUAUAUUCGUGGUUGACGCAAGUGGCAGCAUGGCGUUGAAUCGUAUGCAAAACGCCAAAGGUGCUGCGCUUAAAUUACUGGCAGAGAGCUAUACUAGCAGGGAUCAGGUUGCGAUUAUUCCAUUCAGAGGAGAUGCUGCGGAAGUGCUAUUGCCCCCAUCUAGAUCAAUUGCAAUGGCAAGAAAUCGUCUUGAGAGACUUCCUUGUGGUGGUGGUUCUCCUCUUGCUCAUGGUCUAACAACGGCGGUAAGAGUGGGACUUAACGCAGAGAAGAGUGGUGAUGUGGGGCGUAUAAUGAUUGUUGCAAUAACCGAUGGUCGAGCCAACAUAACACUGAAAAGAUCAACUGAUCCCGAGGGUAUUGCUCCUGAUGCUCCUAGACCCUCCUCCCAAGAGUUGAAGGAUGAGAUUCUGGAAGUUGCAGGGAAGAUAUACAAGGCUGGGAUGUCUCUACUAGUGAUAGAUACAGAGAACAAGUUUGUUUCAACUGGUUUUGCCAAGGAGAUCGCAAGAGUUGCUCAAGGGAAAUAUUAUUACUUGCCAAAUGCUUCGGAUGCUGUCAUCUCGGCCACCACUAAAGAUGCGUUGUCAGCUCUGAAGAACUCUUAGGCCUGCCUCACUUGUCCCUGCAAUAUUUGGUUUAUGAUUCCCGGUUUACAUUUUGUACAUUCUAAUUUCCUUUUUGACCCAACUAAACCAACAUUUCAUUCAUCAAAUAUGGAAAAGAUAUAAAGCGAAAUGAAAUGUAUACUACAUUCAAUUCUAAA